UUAGCCACUAGUUGCUAAUGCCGCUAACUGUUGAGAAUGAUUUUUUUUUUGCGAGUUAGCAUGUCUCUGCCAUUAGCUAGCUAGAUAAGUGGAUUUGACUGACGUGUGGCUUUUCAUUACUGAGUAUGAUCCAGCUUUGUAGUUUUGUCAGGGAAUAAAAGCGGCUGCAAGGGCUUGGGAGUUUUAACAGUUCAACCUUGGCACAAGUCGUUGCGAUUCUAGUUGGGGGUGGGGAGAUGCCUGAAAGGGUGACCCCUCAUCUUGUCUCGCUCUGAGUCCUGCUACAAAGUGAAGCUAACCAACCCGGACUGGAGACUUUCGUGGACACGGAGUGAAAAGUUGAGCCAACACUUUCCAAACUAUCCAGAAGAAUCAAAGGACGAACGAAGCGCACCGGCCAAGCCUUUCAACUGACUGAUGGUUAUCACAGAACGCCAAACAAGCUCCAAGUCCAAGCUGCCUCCUCCACCGAUGAGCAGCCAGACCAGCAGCGGGGAGGCGGUCGCUCCACCGCGAGCUAAUCAGAAGACAAUUUUGGACGACGUGAUCCUGACCUUCAGCUCGCCCAUGGCGUGGUUGCUGAUGGUGGCGCUGAUCAUCACCUGGGCGGCCGUUGCCGUCGUUCUCUUUGACCUGCUGGACUACAAGACGCUGGCAGAGUACACGUCAUACUGUGACGACCCCGUGUGUUUAUCUGCCGGUCUCCCGCCUCCUCCCGCCAUCGCCAGGCGAGGUUUGAAGGCCAACAGAGGAGGCAUCCGCCCAAACAGGUGCAGACCUUCUGAGGUCGCUAACCCCCCACCACUGCCGCAGGAGAGCACCGACUGGAUGGAGAUAAUGUGGACGUUUGCUGCCAGCCUGGUGGCACCCGACGAGGAAGAGGAGGCGGAAGGUAUUCACCAGCUAACUGAAACCGUCACAUCUUUGCACUCAGAGGAGUUCUGAAAAGCAGAACCUCGAAACGAGAGAGGUCAAGAGACAACUUUGAAGGAUGACGCAGAGGGAAGGAGAGUACAAAUCGUAGCAAUGUUUUUUUUUUUUUUUUUUGUUAGAAAGACGUAACUGAAUAAAAAUGCAGAGUCCAAAGUCCUUAUCAUUGCUUAGUUUGGUUACUAUUUGACAAUCUAGAAAAUAUACACGUAUACCAUCCUGGCUGCUCAGUAAUUUAUGGCAACGAUACUGCUAACAAAGGAUGACCAACGGAAUAUAUGCCGUGGUCUCACAUUGUCCCACUCAAUUAAGGGUGAGUACACAACUUGUUGUUUUUACAAUAUUUUGAUUGUCAAAUUUGAUGUUACCAUUACUUUACGUGGUGGCCCACUUUUUACAUCUGCGUGACAGCGUUGAAAUGUAACAUAAGUCACUACAUGUACAGUUACGAAAGGUUUUAUGACGGCCGCAGUUUGAUGCAUUACAUUUUCCAUUAUGUUUCUAUUUCAUUAUUGUCAUAUAGUGAGUAUAGAAUACGGAUGCGUUAUUUUCUGUAAUUGCUGCCGUCGCGCACCACAUUAAAAUGCCACCUCUCUCUGACUUUGCAUGAGAAGUCACUGCGUGGGAGAGCAGCAUUAGAGGCUUGCAUCGUAAAUCCAUAAGAAUUAAACAGCUCAUUUCAAUGGAUGACAUCAUUAGGAGGAAUCCGUGUUUAAAUAA